UGGGGCCCCUGCUCAGAACAGAAUAGAUGCUCACAGAAUCUUAGGUACAGUCUUCUCUCCUUGAACUUGGGACAACCGGGUUGCACUUAGGGAAGCUGCGUUGACAGAAGCCACAAGUUCAAGCCGGGGUGUCAUCUUGGGUUCCGGUGACUUUAGGCAAUCCUCUGACUUCUCUGAGCCCCACCUGUAGAAAGACCACCCGCUCAGCCACCGCUGUGAGGAUCCAAGGAGAUAGUGGGCAAGCUUUGGGGCGGACAGUCCAGGCUCUGAAGGGACUUCGGGUGUUGCGGUCAUCCAAGUGCUUUGUGUCACGAUGGGCACAGCCCAGAGGGAAAAUGGGUUUGGGGGAAGAGUGGGAGUGAUUUCACAUGGGGAACAGGGCAACCGAUAGAGGGCAUCCUGACCGCUCAGGGGGAAUCCCAAGGCGUGAAUGGGAACCCUUUGCCGCAGGCUUAGGUAACGACGUCAUUGGCACUGAGCUCAGUGAGUUUGUGUCCCUGGGAACGGUGUUUCUGUUACCGACCGACCAUCGGUAGCAGCAUUUCAGUGGGAAGAGAGUAUUUGUUUAAAUGCAGAUCCUUGGGCUCCACCCCAGUCCUGCAGAAUGAGAAUAUCAGGCAACAGGGCCCAGAAGUCUGCAUCUUCAACCAUCUUCUCAGGUCAUUCUGAUGCUCGACAUAGUUGAGGGUAAUUGGGAUAAAUGACAAAAGCCAUCCUCCGAGCCCCUUGGCCCAGACCCCAGUCCUUUCCCGGACCCCCGCCUGAGACAUCCCUCUUGUGGAUAUGUCCCUGGACUCAGCGUCGGUGCCUCCAUGUGCAUGGCCACUGGCCGUCAUGUGCCACAUUAGUGAUCUCUGAUAUCAUGGUGUUCUAAGCUGUUAGGCAACAUUCCUUGUUUGGGGUCCAGUCUCCAUGACUGGAUUAUACACUCCCACACCUUAGGCUCCUUUUCCUUCCUCUUGAGCAUUCAACAGAGGCAGAGUCCAGUUCAGGUCGGGUUUGGAUAAGAGCAGCUGCCUACAGAGCUCUUAGAAGUGCUGGCCACUUUAAUUGGAUCAUUUGUGAGAACUAAAAGAGAUACUACCGGGAACUUGCUCAACACGGAGGUGCACAGUGCGCCGGCGCAGCGCUGGUCCAUGCAUGUGCCGGCCGAGGUGAGCGCCGCGGCGGGCGAGGCGGCGGUGCUGCCCUGCACCUUCACGCACCCGCACCGCCACUACGACGGGCCGCUCACCGCCAUCUGGCGCGCGGGCGAGGCGUACGCGGGCCCGCAGGUGUUCCGGUGCGCGGCGGCCCGGGGCAGCGAGCUCUGCCAGACGGCGCUGAGCCUGCACGGCCGCUUCCGGCUGCUGGGCAACCCGCGCCGCAACGACCUGUCGCUGCGCGUCGAGCGCCUCGCCCUGGCCGACGACGGCCGCUACUUCUGCCGCGUCGAGUUCGCCGGCGACGUCCACGACCGCUACGAGAGCCGCCACGGCAUCCGGCUCCGCGUGACCGCCGCCCCGCGGAUCGUCAACCUCUCGGUGCUGCCGGGCCCGGCGCACUCCUUCCGCGCGCUCUGCACGGCCGAGGGGGAGCCGCCGCCCGUCCUAGACUGGUCCGGCCCGGCCCUGGGCAACGGCUCGGCCGCCGUGCCGGGCCCGGGUCAGGGACAGGGUCACGGCCACCAGGUGACCGCCGAGCUGCCAGCGCUGGUCCACGACGGCCGCUACACGUGCACGGCGUCGAACAGCCUGGGCCGCGCGGAGGCCAGCGUCUACUUGUUCCGAUUCCACGGCGCCUCCAGGGCCUCGGCGCUCGCCCUCCCGCUCGGAGCGCUCGGCCUCAAGGCGCUGCUGCUGCUCGGCGUUCUGGCCGCCCGCGCCGUCGCCCGCCGCCGCCCAGAGCACCCAGUUGCCCAGGACAGCCCACCACGGCCCCAGGCUCAGGAGUCCAACUAUGAGAAUUUGAGCCAGAUGAGCCCUCGGGACCCACCAGCAGCCACAUGUUUACCGUGAGGAGCCCCUUGGCCACUGGCAUCCUCUUGUACAGCAUGAGGAGCAAAGGCCAAUGCCAGGCUUGGCUGGGACAGCCCUUCCUGGCUGCCAGCCACCUUGGCAGCCCCUUGCCAGGCAACCCCCCACAAAGGGAGUCCAGACCCCAUUCACAGAGGCUCAGUGGUUUCUUACGUGGAUGUCUGUCCCAGAGCCCCCAUCACUGGGACCAGCAUUUUGAAAGAAUCUGUAUGUGUGUGUACGUGUCUGUGCGUGUGUGCAUGAGCUCAGUGUGAAGCUCACAGACAAGUUCUGGCCCUUUCUUACAUAGAACGCCAUCAUAAAACGGGCAAGACACUGGUCAGAGGGGCUCCCAGGCUCUGACUUGCUGUGUCGACUAGGGCAUGUUUUUACCUCUCUGAGUCUCAGUUUGUCCAUUCUGGAACAUGGACAAUAAUCUUCCCUCCUGGCUGCUAGGACUAUCAAGAUCUGAAGAAAUAAUGGAUGUGAAGGGACUUCGCGAAGUACAGAACCAUGUACAGAUGUGGCGGCGGGCGGGGGAGCAGGGGAAGGCCACAGGCUCCUCCUUGCAGGCACCCUUGGGACGUGCAGAGACUUCUUGGACAAGUGGGGGCCCCACACCAGCCUGGCCAAGAACAAGGAUUCCAGAGAGCAAACCUUUGAGUCUGGGGCUGUGCAAAUCGGUGGUCCCAGGAACAUCAACUCAGCGGUGAGAAGCCCGGUACCCCUGCCCCCGGGGUCUCGUCUGUGACGGCCUCACACACUGUGCCUACCUCUUACCCCACUGGCUGCUCUGCACUGCCUUGAGCUGGGUCCCCUGGGAAAAGAAACACCCAUCAUCUGACAGCAUCUGGGAUUCACUGUCCUUAAGGACCGAAAGCUGAGAGGUCAGAGGGGAAGUCUGGGCUGCAGGUUCGUGUGGAUAAAGCAGCUGUGGCUGUGACCUCCACCUAUGACCUGCAUCCACCCUGCACGUGCGAGGUCCAAAAGCACCAGCGAUUCCACGGCAUUUGUCCGAGGCCUCGCAGACUGACUGCAGGGUGCUGCCUUCCGUGUUCACACCUCUGUGUGAGCCUGUGCAUUUUAGCUCCUGCAGUUCUUGGGCUCAGGGGACAGGGAGGAGGUGUGCCUGAGCCCAGGGCAAGCUGGCAAGAGCAAAGGGCCACCGGGCCAGGCACUGAAGAAGCAAUGGGGACAGUCUUUCCCUCAGGACUUUUCCCAAAGCUAGGGUGGCGGCCUAGAAUAGGAAGGGUCCUCGCUGAUGCUUUGCUGGGGAGGCGGCCUGAGGUGUGAGGGAUCUUCACAAGUUAAUAAGCAGGGCAGUGGGUGACAAGUUUCCCUUGCUCAGCAGAGCCUUUGCCAGGGAAAGUGGGUGACAGCAGCUCAUAGUUAACUUGGGAUCCAUCCAGGAGCCUGUCUGAACUGUCAGAAGGUCAGAGGAGUUGGAAUUUGUACCUCCUCGUAUGAGGAUACUUUGGGCACCUCCAUGGAGAGUCCCAUAUCACCAGGGAAGAAGCGAGGGACACGGGGGUGGUGUGGUUUGAAACGUCUGCCUGGUCUUUGAGGCCCGUUUCACAGCCAAGAAAAAGCCAUGAUAGCAAUUA